UUGCCACCAUUAAUUUCUCUCGGCAACAACCACCUCUCCUAAAUCCACAGAAUCCAAAAGCCUUCCUCUCUUUUUCAAGUAUUCCGAUCAAAGUUUUCCUAUCAUGCCGAACCGAUUCGCCGGAGCUCUGACUCAGGACUGGGAGCCGGUGGUGAUCCACAAGGCCAAGCCAAAGCCGCAAGACCUCCGCAAGCCCAAGGUGGUGAACCAGGCCCUCCGGACCGGCGCGCCGGUCCAGACGAUUAAGAAGUCCGACGCCGGCCAUAACAAGAAGGCGGCUCCGGCCGUGAGCGUGAAGAAGCUGGACGAGGCGGCCGAGCCGGCGGCGCUGGACCGGGUCUCGGCGGAUGUGAGGCAUGCGAUUCAGAAGGCGCGGCUGGAGAAGAAGAUGAGCCAGGUCGACCUAGCCAAGCGGAUCAACGAGCUUCCUAAGGUGGUUCAGGAGUACGAGAACGGGAAGGCCGUGCCGAACCAGGCGGUCCUGGCGAAGAUGGAGAGGGCUCUGGAGGUCAAGCUUAGGGGCAAAGUCGGCAAAUAAGAUCUGUGAUUGGGGUUAGGGUUUCUGUGAUGAACAUAAUCUGAGAAUGAUGUUUAGGCUGUAAAAAAAGUAAGAAGGAAGGAUGUAAAGGCUAAUUUCUGAUGGGUUACAUGAAAUCAAUGAACUUCGAUGUUGUUGUUGAAUUGAA